UUAAGUAAGGUUACAUGCCGCGCGGAAGUCUUUUGACGCGAUGGACACGAGAUCUUGUCGUUGGAGUGGAUCUUAUUAUAAUCCAAUCUUUAUGGACUUAUGCUGUGGAAAUCCUAGGUGUAAUUUCUGUUUAUCCAAACGAAGAUGAAAGAUAAGAAGUCGUUACGCACAAGAGAAGGCGAAUCGGACAGGAUUCGUGUCUACGUUCGAGUGCGACCCAGAAAUUCUGAGGAAGUGCGGAGACGAGAAGAUCCUGGUGUUGAAUCCGAUAACUUCGAGGUUUCAUUGAAUGAUGCAAGGGAGAGAAGAUACAGAUUUGAUCGCAUCUUCCCCGGGCAGACAAGCAAUAGAGAGGUAUUCAGCACAGUUGGCAGACCACUGCUUGAUGCUGUGUUUUCAGGCUUUAAUGGCACCCUCAUGGCAUAUGGCCAGACUGGAACAGGCAAGACCCACACCCUGAUGUCAAAAGAUGGCAUUUGUGCACUAGUGGCAGAAAAGUUAUUUAAAAGGAUCCAUUUAGACAAGUAUCACAAAUAUAAGGUCUGCAUGUCUUACCUUCAGAUCUAUCAAGAGAAGAUUUACGACUUGCUGAACGCCAAUACCAAACUUGAGCUUGUGCUUAGAGAAGAUCCGAAAAGAGGUGUGUAUGUAGAUAAUCUGUCGGAGUAUGUUGUUCGGGAUACAGGUGAAGUUCUCUCCUUGUUGAAGCAGGGGAGAAAGAAACUCAUCUUUGCUGAAACACGAAUGAACCGCGUCUCAAGCAGAUCUCACUCAGUUUGUCAGAUAACUGUGGAAAGAACGCGCGCUAAAGACGGUGACAAAGCAGGAGCAGAAGGUUCUUCCAGCGAGAGCAGCCUUCUGUCUCCCUCCUCCGCCAUGACACCCCCGUCACGGAAGAGUAUGCGAUCCACCGGCAGUUUAGACCGACUUCGCGAAGAAGCCAAACCUCAUAGCAACACCGCACCUUUAAAAAAAACUUUCAGGAAACAGCAGAGCUUCAUACCGCGCAGAACCUCCACGCCAGCUUCCAAACGCAGUCUGUCACGCAAUAACGAUUACAGACACAGCUUUCAUUUAUCGUCACUUCCAGAAAUUACGGUUACGCCUGAUCGGCCGAACCGCUGGUCUGCAGGGGACAUGACUGGUAGUUUCACGGGCUCAGGGGAGUCUUUGCCGUUCUCAGCGAGUGCUUCGCAAGGGAGUGAUCUGCAAUGUUCUAUGGAAUCUGAACUGGAAAGCAGCACUGAAAGUGAAGGUUGGCUGAGCGCUCCUAGCAGUCCUGAUAUUCCAGAAUAUGGCUUUGGAGAGAAAGACGACGACGACGAUGAUGAAUCAUUUUUGGAAGGAAUCAAGAUCCGUGAUGAUGUGCUGAUCACAGGCAGAAUUAACAUAUGCGACCUCGCAGGAAGCGAAAGAGUAAAAAAAGCUGGUGUGGAAGGAGAGAGGCUCGCUGAGCUACAACACGUGAACCUGUCUCUUUUGGAACUAGGCAACACAAUUCACGCCCUGUCAGAAGGGAAGAGAACACACAUACCUUAUAGAAACUCUUCGCUAACUCGACUGUUACAAGACAGCCUCGGUGGGAAUUGUAAAACAAGUUUUGUGAUGUGUAUCUCGCCGUCGCUAAGGGACCUCAACGAGACUCGAUGCACACUCGACUUUGGUCAGCGGGCGCUCAAGAUUACCACCACAGCAUAUGUGAAUAUUGAGAUCGAUUACAGAAAGCUAUCGGAAGAUUUGAGAAAGAGAGUCGAGAAUCAAGAAUUGGAGAUAAAGGUGCAAAAAGAUAACUUCGAGAAGCAAAGCUACGCUAUUAAAAGUGAUGCAGAUUUGAAAGUGGCCGAGGUACAAAGUCUUCUGGAGGCUGAGAGAGAUCACUUCAGAACCGAGAUUGAAAAUUUACGCAAAGAGAAGGAGAACCUCGCUAAGACGCUCUUCGAUGAAAGAAGCCAGCGGUGCGUCCUCGAAGGAAUGCACCAUGCAUCAGUAGAGGCAGCUGUACUCAUAGAGAGACAGAAAAUCACAAGAAACGAAGAGCGAGAAAAACAACGACUGCAAAGAGCUCUCGAUGAAGAGCGGAGACGAUCCUGGACAGUAGAACAGCAAACGAAACAAGAAUACGAGAGAGCGUUAGAGGACGAGAAAAAACGCACGACACUGUUAACAGAACUCGAACGCGAGGGACUGGAAAAGUCUCUACAGGAGGAGAAACGGCGAAUCAGCGAGCUUGAGGAGCGUUUGGUGAAAUCCCCCUGUCACGAGAGAUAUACACAGACGAUAACCAUGUUCGACGAGCCAGAUUUUCCUCGCAUGCCGCCAGGAACAAACCAAACGGAAACACUCUAUAACGUGUUACUUGCGGAGAUUAUGUCACUGCAGUUGCUAUACCAAAUGCAAGAUCUCUCUCACGCUUGCAACGCCGACGACCCGAAGUCACGCGAUAGCGGUUGUGCGGAGUACGAGGAUGAGGUCAUUCACUCGGUGAGCUCGAGCGUUUUGGAAAAAGGAGGACUUUUAUUGAAUAACUUGAGAGGCAGGCAAGGAGGCGCCAGUCGGUUUUCGUUAACGAGCACCGAUUCCUUACGAGAGUUGUACUUGCUACAGUUUCCGCCUUCACCGAAACUUUCCCGAGCAUCGCACAAGACAGAGUCAGUUCCGAUCAUUCAUUUAAAGAGCUCGUUGCCCGAACUUCAUUCCGAUUCGAACAAAAGCUUCUUGUCGACAGAUUGCGACGGACCGAGAGGACAAGACGGAACAUCGAGCUCCAGCAUGGAGUCUUUUCUGGAAGAACCGCUGAGCCCGCGUAGUCGGCAUCGACCUUGUGACAGCGGCUGCAGUAGUCAACAUAGCGACUCAGACCACUCCCCUGGGGCAGGUAUGCGGAGCCAGCCAAUCGACAUCGUAGGACGCACUCGAGCCCUCAGUAACCCUGUCAAUCGAUUCGAUGCGAGUGCAUGCGUACCACUAGCUGAAGGGGAAGAUGAAGAUUCUGAUCUGGCCGAACCAGACGAGAUCCAAACGGUGAAGAAAAAAGUCGUCCAUCUGGAGAAUGAUUUGUGCCGGUUGAAGACAGAGUUGGACGCGGAGACGAUGAACUUUUUCUCAGAAGUCUUUCGUGUGGAGGUGCCUUUCUUGCGAGAAGGAGAGCUGUCCCGUCUCAUGAGACGUUUGUUUGAAGGCGUCAAGGAAAAACUGCUCUAUCGAAUAUGCGCCGGUGAGUUUUCAUGUACUUGGAGUGUAUCGUUUUACUAA